AUGGCAGCAACUGCUGCAGGGCCUGCCGCAGCACCGCCUCUGGCGGGCACCGCCCGCCGACCACGGGUCGCGGUCAUCGGCGCCGGCUUUGCGGGCCUAGCCGCCGCGCUGACGCUGGAGCGCUCCCGCUGCUGCGACGUGGUGGUGCUGGAGGCGAGCGGCCGCACCGGCGGACGUGCCUGCACCCAGCGCCUGUCUCCCGAGCUGGCUCUGGAGCUCGGGGCCACAUGGUUCCACGGCCUGGGCAGCGAUGGGCAGCCCAACCCCGUGUUCCGGCAUGCUGUGCAGCAGGGCCUAAUUGGGAGCGCGCCAGAGGGCGAGAAGUGGUGGAGCUCGCAAUUCCUGCUGCCGGGCUCCAGCCAGCCCCUCAGCAAGGCGCAGCAGAUUGCAGUCACACACGCCAUUGCCGCCUGGGCAGAGGCGGUGGAUGAGCUGCCGCGGGAUGCCGCCGGCACCACCGCCGACCAUCUGAGGGUGGCCUGGCGCCGGCUGCUGGCCUCUGGCCGCGCUCCGGAGGAGCUGGAGGAGCUGGCGCAGCGGGCGUGGCGGUGGCGGGAGCACCUGCAGAGAGCCAUGGACGGAUGUAACAGCACCGCGGAGCAGAGUGCCCAGGGGCUGGCACUGUAUGAGGAGAUGGCCGGCGGCGUUCACGCCCCGCUGCCGGCCGGCAUGCAGGCGGUGGCAGAGGGAUUAGCAGCUCAGCUAGGCGACGUGCGGCUGGGCCAUGCGGUGUCUCGCAUCACGUGGGGCCGUCCUGGGGGCGUCACCAUCGCCUGCCGCAACGGCGCCACUGUGGAGGCAGACGCCGCCAUUGUGACUGUGUCUCUGGGGGUGCUCAAGGCACAGCACGGCACGCUGUUCGACCCGCCGCUGCCGCCGGCCAAGCAGGCGGCCCUGGAGCGCCUGCAGAUCGGCACCGUGGACAAGCUCUUCCUGGAUUUCACCCCGCCAGGCAUGCCUGCUGGCACCAGCAGCACCAGGCAGAGCAGCAGCAGCGGCAGCAGCAGCAGCGGCGGCAGCGAGGGCCCUGUCGUGUCGUAUGCCCUGCUGUGGGCAGGCCCCUGGGAUGCGGCCGCCAGCGGCAAGGAGCACGCGGCGGGCAGUCGCGCGGCGGCGCCGGCGACCAGCGAAGAUGAGGCGCAGCUUCCGGAGUGGGCCAGGGGGGUGUUCAGCCUGCGCUUUGGAGGGCCGGAGGUGAAGCGGUGCCAGCAGGCUGCCGACCAGCAACAACCGGUUGGUGCUCACGGUGUCGGUGACGGCACAGAGCAGCAGCAGCAGCAGCAGCAACAGCAGCACGAGCUGCAGCCGGAGGAGGAGCCGGCAGAGAGCGAGUUUUCGCCCUGCUCAGAGGCGGCACAGCCCACCUGCUACCAGGCCGUCGCCUGGGUUACAGGGGCUGCAGCAGCGGCCAUGGAGGCGGCCUCCGAUGAGCAGGUGCUUGCUGCGCUGCGCCAGCUGGCGACGUUGUUCCCGCAGCUGCAGCUGCCGCCUGGCGCCAGCUGGGAUGCCGUCGAGCUGCACCGGUCACGCUGGGGCUCAGACCCGCUGUUCAGGGGCAGCUACAGCUACCUCGGGGCAGGGUCAACCCCGGCUGACGUGGCAGCCCUGGCGGCGCCCUUGUUUGCGCCAGCAGGCGGCAGCGGCGGCGCUGAGGCCAGCGGCGGCGCUGAGGCCAGCGGCGGCGCGGCCCCUGUGCUGAUGUUUGCGGGGGAGGCCUGCCACGUGAAGCACAUUGGCACGAUGCACGGCGCGUAUCUAACAGGGAGGCACCAGGCGGAGCUGCUGGCGGCGGCGCUGGCUCCAGAGGCUGUGGAGCUUCCACAGCAGCAGCAGCAGCCCCCGAUGUAA